CGCUCCAUCCCUUGGUCCUCACCAUUGCAGAUGCAGAUGCGGAUGCAGCAGCGCCGGAAGCCGCCGCCUGCCCCCGCGCCGGUGCCCGCCAAGCAGCCCACCCCGCGCAGGACGCCCGGCCCGGUUUCCUUCGCCGCCGCCCUACUGCUCUCCCUCCUCCUCGUCGUUACCUUCCUCCACGUCAACGACCACGCCGUCGCCAGGCUGCCCCUCGCCCGCGCCAGACCCAGCGGCUCCCCCGACCUCCGCCUCCUCCAGGAGCAGGAGGCCGCGCACCAAAAGGUCAGCUCCAUCUACUUGGUCUCACCCAACACCACCACCACCAGGUCUUCGACCCCAACUGCUCCUCCACAUCCCAAAUUGCAACACAAGCAUCAGGUGGAGGUGGUGGCAGCGGGGAACAGCAGCAGCGGCGAAGGUUGCGACCUGUACAAGGGGUGGUGGGUGUACGACGCGGAGGGGAGGCAGGCGCCCCUGUACAGGGAGCCGGAGUGCGAGUUCCUGACGGAGCAGGUGACGUGCAUGCGGAACGGGCGGCGGGACGAGUCGUACCAGCGGUGGCGGUGGCAGCCGGAGGGGUGCGACCUGCCGGGAUUCGACGCGCGGGCUCUGCUGGAGCGGCUGCGGAACAAGCGGAUGAUGUUCGUGGGGGACUCGCUCAACCGGAACCAGUGGGAGUCCAUGGUGUGCCUCGUCCAGUCCGCCAUUCCCCAUGGACACAAGACGCUCACCAAGUUCGUCAACAACGGAUCGCUCAACGUCUUCCGAGCGCACGAGUACAACGCGACGGUGGAGUUCUACUGGGCGCCGUUCCUGGUGCAGUCCAACUCCGACGACCCGCAGGUGCACAGCGUGAGGGACAGGGUCAUCGCGUGGCGGUCCAUCGCCAAGCACGCCGCCAACUGGAAGGGCGUCCACUACCUCGUCUUCAACACCUACAUCUGGUGGCUCAACACCUUCGACAUCAAAGUGCUGAAGAACAGAGGCGCUGAUCCCAAGGGGAAGGGGAAGGAGGGAUGGUGGAGCAGCAGCAGGUACGCGCUGGUAGACCGGCCGAUCGCCUACAGGGAGGUGCUCAAGACGUGGGCCAAGUGGGUCGACAGGCGCAUCGACCCUACCAAAACCACCGUCUUCUUCAUGGCCAUGUCUCCCAACCACAUCACUGUUCAAAGAGGAAACAGACAGGGUCUUAGCUUUGUGCUGCUGCGGCACAUGGGCAACCUGGGAAAAUUCAAUCGUAUCCAUGACCUGCUUCCAUGGAGUAAAGGGAAGACGCAAAAAUCACUGCUGCGAUCAACUUGGGGUCCAUAACACACCCAUGGACCACUCCGUGCCAUUUGCAAACCACUGACCCCGUUCGUCCCAAAGGAAAAAAGAUCAAUUCAACUAAUGUAGUGCGCGUCUGGUGCAUUCAUGGUUUUGGAUUCUGUCACUAGUACUACCCACAGUAGACUAGUAGUGUUAGCGGUUGAACACACUUUUGAGCAGUACACAGGCAUAAAUUCAGUGAUCUUUCUUUUGAGGAUACAGCAAGUAGAACCAUAAAAAUGCAGCAAUGUAGAAAGAAGAACCGCACUGGAUCGAUUUGAGCUUAGAGACAGAUUGGCGAACCGAAGGAUCAUUUCAGUCUGCCUAGUAGAAUUAAUGUCAGCAAGUAUAUGAUUGGCAUUUUUAGUAGUAAAGAUGUUGAUGCGUGCAUGCUUACGUCCCCAUAUAUAUGGUCCCCAACAUUUCGCAAUCACCUGUUUGUCGCUUUCCUCGUUGAUGAAAUCAACCAAGGGAGCGCCACGUUCUAAACAGCUGUUUGUUUGUUUAGAGGAGAGUUAGUAAUAACUACUCCGUCUUUUCCUCUGUUUCUUUCUUCCGGGUAAGGUUUUACUACAGUUAUGCUUACGUCUUUUUUUCGGUUCUGAACAGCUAUAAACAACAGUUUGUUAAGAAGAGUUGUCAGUAAUAAACAAACCACGAAAAGCUGCAAACCUGCUGGCUCGUCUUCUUCCACUGUUUCUUUCUUUUCGUUUGAUUAAGGUUUUAUUACCGUUCAC